AUGGAAACGUUUACAUUUUUGUGGACAUGUAUUUUUCUACCCCUGGUAAGAGGGCACAGUCUUUUCACCUGUGAACCAAUUACUGUUCCCAGAUGUAUGAAAAUGGCCUACAACAUGACGUUUUUCCCUAAUCUGAUGGGUCAUUAUGACCAGAGUAUUGCUGCUGUAGAAAUGGAGAUUUUUCUUCCUCUUGCAAAUCUGGAAUGUUCACCAAAUGUUGAAACUUUCCUUUGCAAAGCUUUUGUACCAACCUGCACUGAGCAAAUUCAUGUGGUUCCACCCUGUCGGAAAUUCUGUGAGAAAGUGUAUUCUGAUUGCAAGAAAUUAAUGGACACUUUUGGGAUCCGAUGGCCUGAGGAACUUGAAUGUGAUAGAUUACAGUACUGUGAUGAGUCUGUUCCUGCAACUUUUAACCCACAUACAGAGCUGCUUGAUCCUCAAAAGAAAUCAGAACAAAUCCGAAGAGACAUUGGAUUUUGGUGUCCAAGGCAUCUGAAGACUUCUGGGGGACAAGGCUAUAAGUUUCUGGGAAUUGACCAGUGUGCACCUCCAUGCCCCAACAUGUAUUUUAAAAGUGAUGAGCUAGAGUUUGCAAAAAGUUUUAUUGGAAUAGUUUCAAUAUUUUGUCUCUGUGCAACCCUUUUCACAUUCCUUACUUUUUUAAUUGAUGUUAGAAGAUUCAGAUACCCGGAGCGACCUAUUAUAUACUACUCUGUCUGUUACAGCAUUGUAUCUCUUACGUACUUUAUCGGAUUCUUGCUAGGCAACAGCACAGCGUGCAAUAAGGCAGACGAGAAACUGGAACUUGGUGACACGGUGGUUCUAGGCUCUCAAAAUAAGGCUUGCACCAUUUUGUUCAUGUUUUUGUAUUUUUUCACCAUGGCUGGCACUGUGUGGUGGGUGAUGCUUACCAUUACUUGGUUCUUAGCUGCUGGCAGAAAAUGGAGUUGUGAGGCCAUUGAACAAAAAGCAGUGUGGUUUCAUGCUGUUGCAUGGGGAAUACCAGGUUUUCUCACCAUUAUGCUUCUUGCCAUGAACAAAGUUGAAGGAGACAACAUUAGUGGCGUCUGCUUUGUCGGCCUUUAUGACCUGGAUGCUUCUCGCUACUUCGUCCUCUUGCCACUGUGCCUUUGUGUGUUUGUCGGGCUGUCUCUCCUCUUAGCUGGCAUUAUUUCCUUAAAUCACGUUCGACAAGUUAUACAACAUGAUGGCCGGAACCAAGAGAAACUGAAGAAGUUUAUGAUUCGAAUUGGAGUCUUCAGUGGCCUGUAUCUGGUGCCAUUAGUAACUCUUCUGGGAUGCUACGUCUACGAGCAAGUAAACAGGAUUACCUGGGAGAUAACUUGGGUCUCUGACCACUGUCGUCAGUACCAUAUCCCAUGUCCUUAUCAGGCAAAUGCAGAAACUCGACCAGAAUUGGCUUUAUUUAUGAUAAAAUAUCUGAUGACAUUAAUUGUUGGCAUCUCUGCUGUCUUCUGGGUUGGAAGCAAAAAGACAUGCACAGAAUGGGCUGGAUUUUUUAAACGAAAUCGCAAGAAAGAUCCAAUCAGUGAAAGCCGAAGAGUAUUACAGGAGUCAUGUGAGUUUUUCUUAAAGCACAAUUCUAAAGUUAAACACAAAAAGAAGCACUACAAGCCAAGUUCACAUAAACUGAAGGUCAUUUCCAAAUCCAUGGGAACCAGCACAGGUGUGACGGCAAAUCAUGGUACUUCUGCGGUAGCAAUCACUAACCAUGACUACUUAGGACAGGAAACUCUGACAGAAAUACAGACUUCACCAGAAACAUCAGUGAGAGAGGUGAGAGGGGAUGGAGCGAGCACCCCCAAAUUAAGAGAACGGAACUGUGAGGAGCCUGCCUCCCCAGCAGCACCCAGCUCCAAACCCUGCGGGGAACAGACGGACAGGAAAGGCCAAGGCCGGGCAGGCAACGUGAAUGACAAGAGCAGUGUGUCUGAAAGUGCGCGGAGUGAAGGAAGGGUAACCCCAAAGAGUGAUGUCCCCGAAAGUGGCCCAGUGCAGAGCAACAGCAUGCAGGCGUCCAGUUCUCCAGAGCCAGGCAGCCUCAAAGGCUCAACAUCACUGCUUGUUCAUUCGGCUUCAGGAGCUGGAAAAGAGCAAGGCGCUGGCGGUCAUUCAGAUACUUGAAAACCAGGCCAUCGUGUUACUGAG